AUGCCGUGGUACCUCAGUACCUUUCGUGUCAGCUUCUGCGCCAUCUACUCCUACUUGGCCUACGUGCAAGUGCGGUGGAUUGCUGAGGCGGAGGAACGCUAUAGACGUUCCCUGACAUGGAAGCCCGCCGUGGGCACCAUAUUUGAUCACAAAAUUGUCAUGAAACGUGGGGGCUCGAGCUACGUGCAGUAUCGCUUUGAGGUGGGAGGCAAGGAGUACCUUGGCGACCGCUUCCGCAGCGGCGGCAUCCACAAGGAGGAGAUGGUGUCCAACCCUGCCCUCCUCGGUGCGGGAACGCAGCUUGUAGUGUACCACAACCCUGCCGAUCCAAACGAGAGCGCCAUCAAGCUGCAGACCGAUCGUGGAGCAGAAUCCGUGCUCCUUCUUGGCAUUGCAGUCUCGCUACUUGUGGCUUACAGGUCUGUGCGAUGCGAGACGAUCCUGCCCAACAUGUUUUACUCUUUCCUCGGCGUGAAUCGACGAAUUGGCGGCAUCACAGGCUUGAAGGAAGCUCGGACUCAUUCAAGGCAAAAGAUGAAGUACGGUAAGGGGACAGGUGCCCUUUGA